AUGUCUCCGACUGCUGGUACUGGACGGGAGAAGGAGUCGAACACCGCGCGACUCCUGGGCUCCGGCUCCGCUGGUAUUGCUGAAUUGGCCGUCUUCCACCCCGUGGACACUAUCGCGAAGCGCUUGAUGAGCAACCAGACCAAGAUCUCCGGCGUCGAGCAGCUCAACAAGGUCAUCUUCAAGGACACGGCCAACGCGACAGCGGGCCGCAAGUUCGUUUCGCUCUUCCCCGGUCUGGGAUACGCCGCCGGCUACAAAGUCCUCCAGAGAAUAUACAAGUAUGGCGGUCAGCCCAUCGCCAGGGACUUCUUGGCCAAGAACUAUGGCGAGGACUUUGAGCGCGCUUUCGGCAAGAAGACUGGCAAGGCUAUCAUGCACUCCACCGCUGGCAGUUUGAUCGGUAUCGGAGAGAUCGUUCUCCUUCCCCUCGACGUCCUCAAGAUCAAGAGACAGACAAACCCCGAGGCCUUCCGCGGCCGUGGUGUCUUCAGAAUCGUUGCCGACGAGGGCUUCGGCCUGUACAGAGGUUGGGGCUGGACCGCCGCCCGUAACGCUCCUGGUUCUUUCGCUCUCUUCGGUGGUUCCGCCUUCACAAAGGAGUACCUCUUCAAGCUCGACGACUACAACAAGGCGUCCUGGUUCCAGAACUUCAUCGCCUCCAUUGCCGGUGCCUCCGCCUCCCUCCUCGUCUCCGCUCCCCUCGACGUCAUCAAGACCCGUAUCCAGAACCGUAACUUUGAGAACCCCGAGAGCGGUUUCAGAAUUAUCUCCAACAUGAUGAAGAACGAAGGUGCCACCGCUUUCUUCAAGGGUCUGGUUCCCAAGCUCCUCAUGACUGGACCCAAGCUGGUCUUCUCAUUCUGGCUUGCACAGACUCUCAUUCCCGCCUUUGACGGCAUGCUUAAGAAAUAA